CCCAGAGGGAGGCUCGGUCCUCUGAGGUCCUGAGAGUGGAGCUCAGACCUUCUGGGGGGCCGGGGCACAGCGAGCACUCUCGUCCUGAUGUCCGCUCCACAGUGUGGGAACAUCUGAAGAGCGCUGCAGGAGACAGGAUAAAGGAAAAUUUCCUCAAAGCAUCUGAGGGCAGCUCUGCACUGCCAGCUGGUCACCAGCUAGGGCGAGGCAGUGUGACAGGUCUUGAACUAAUUCUGUAACUGGUCAUAAGCAGCAGGUUGAGGUCAGGGCUCUCUGACCACCAGGGCCAGCUCUGUGCAUGGCAUUUGAGGAGCUCUUGGAGCGAGCGGGGGGCGUGGGUCUCUUCCAGGCUCUGCAGGUCGCCACCCUCCUCCUCCCAGCCAUCUACACGCCUUUCCAGAUGCUCCUGGAGAACUUCUCAGCUGCUGUUCCAGACCACCGCUGCUGGACCCAAGUGCUGGACAAUGGCUCUGCGACCCCUGCAAACUUUACCCAGGAGGCCCUCCUGGUCGUGUCCAUCCCACUGGGCCCCAACCAACAGCCCCACCCAUGCCGCCGCUUCCGCCAACUGCAGUGGCAGCUCCUGGAUCCCGUCAUGGCUACCAACUGGAGUGAGGCUGCUACGGAACAGUGUGUGGACGGCUGGGUUUAUGACCACAGCGCCUUCACUGCCACCAUAGUGACCAAGUGGGACCUGGUAUGUGACUCCCAAGGCCUGAAGCCCAUGGGACAAUCCAUCUACAUGGCUGGCAUCCUGAUGGGGUCUUUCAUCUGGGGCCUCCUGUCCUCCCGGCUUGGGCGGAAACCAAUGCUGAGCUGGUGCUGCCUGCAGGUGGCCGUGGCUGGAACCAGCACUACAUUUGCCCCGAACUUCCUCAUCUACUGCGGCCUCCGGUUCCUGAGUGCCUUUGGACUGGCUGGCAUCAUCCUAGUGUCGUCAACCAUGAUGGCAGAGUGGACCACUACCCAAAGGAGGGCUGUCACCAUGACGAUACUGGGAUGCACCCACAGCAUGGGCCAGAUGGUCGUGGCAGGCCUAGCCUUCACCCUGCGGGACUGGCAGGACCUCCAGUUGGCCGUGUCCGUGCCCUUCUUGGCCUUCUCCUUGGUAUCUUGGUGGUUACCAGAAUCUGCCCGAUGGCUGCUUAUCACAGGCCGACCAAACAGAGCACUUCAGGAACUCAAAAAGGUGGCGAGGAUAAAUGGCCACAAGGAGGCCAAAAAGACACUGACCAUACAGGUGCUGAUGUCCAGCAUGGAGGAGGAGGCUGUCUCUGCAAGGGCGCACCACUCAGUGUUGGACCUGUUCCGCAUUCCCGCGCUUCGCAAGACAACCUGCACCAUGCUGAUGGUCAACUUCUCGGCACAGAUGUCCUAUUAUGGGCUGGUCCUGGACUUGCAGAGCCUGGGCAGGGACAUCUUCCUCCUGCAAGCCCUCUUCGGGGCCAUAGACUUCCUGGGCCGGGCCACCACACUCCUGUUGUUCAGGUACUUCGGCCGCCGUGUGAUCCUGGCUGGCUCCCUGGCCCUGGCGGGCUCUUGCAUCCUGGCCAAUGGGCUGGUGCCUCAAGAUCUGCAGAGCCUUCGCGUGGCCCUUGCUGUGCUGGGGAAAGGAUGCUUCGGUAUCAGCCUGACCUGCCUCACCAUCUAUAGGACAGAGCUCUUUCCCACUCCACUGCGGAUGACGGCAGAUGGCUUCCAACAGUCGGUCGGCCGCUUGGGGGCGAUCGUAGGCCCCCUGAUCCGGAUGGCCCGCCAGGCCCUGCCCUUGCUGCCUCCACUGUCCUAUGGCAUCAUCCCUGUGGCUUCCAGCCUGGUUCUCCUGCUCUUCCUCCCGGAGACCCGGGGUCUUCCACUGCCCGACACCAUCGAGGACCUGGAGGGCCGGAGAUCGGCUACAGCUAGAGGCCACCAGCAAGAGGUGGUCAUUAUGGAAAGCACCUGGUUCUAGAAGAUCUACCUUCAUGGAGCCCCUUUGACCAAAAACACUAGAAGAAAAAGUUGCUUCUCCUCCAAUCUGAGGGUUCCAGAGAAGUGGGCAUGCCCAGGGCUGGAGGCAGGGCAAGGCAGGUGGUAGAGCUGUCUCUGAGGUAGCUCCCCCUACUCACCCCUGUAGGAGCCUGUGUCAGGUGGCCACACCCAGCCUGGCUGCCUUCAGUCAGCUUCGCCAACAACACAGGUCCUCUGCCUGCCAGGGCCACAUCCUCGUACCUGCACUCAGCCCCUCCAGUUCAAGAGAGAGUUCCAGUCUCACCUCCCCACUUACGGAGCUCCCAUUGUAAACUGGAAAUGCCCCUGAAGCCUCUGUCCCAGGGUGGCUACCCGAGCUCACUGAUGUUUGCACAUGCUGCAGUUCAUUAAAUGAGGUUGUCAGCAGA